CCCAAAAACACACACUAGCGGUGCCUCUUCAGCUGAAGAUGAUGGCAUCAAGAACCCAAAAUCCCGGCAUUCAAGCGCCUGAAAAUGAUCAAGAAAACCAACAAAAUCCAGUCACCACGCUGGCCACCACUCCGUGGCGGCGAAUUGAGCGGCUAUCGUUGCAUCUAAACCCCUUCUCAUCCAACCAUUAUGAUCUAUCGCACCAGCAGAUGACGAUGUUAAUUUGCGCGGCAAGAGCAAAGAAGAUUGAGGUAAAAGUGGUGGAGCUGUCGAGUUUCAUGAGAGGAAAGCAUAGAGAUAUACAGGAGCAAGUAUUUGACUACUUCAAGUCAAGGCCUGAGCUGCAAACCCCACUCGAGAUAUCAAAAGAUGAGCACAGGGAGCUUUGCAUGAGGCAGCUUGUUGGGCUUGUCAGAGAAGCUAAUAUUAGACCCUUUAAAUAUGUGGUUGAAGAUCCUGCUAAAUAUUUCGCUAUUGCUGAAGCUGUUGGUAGUGUUGACAUGUCCCUUGCGAUCAAGAUGGGCGUGCAGUACAGUCUCUGGGGUGGGUCUAUUCUCAACUUGGGAACUAAAAAGCAUAGGGAUAAAUACUUUGAUGGUAUAGACAACAUGGAGUACCCUGGGUGUUUUGCAAUGACAGAGCUUCACCAUGGAUCAAAUGUUCAAGGCCUUCAGACUGUUGCAACAUUUGAUCCACUAACAGAUGAAUUCAUUAUCAACACACCAAAUGAUGGAGCUAUCAAGUGGUGGAUUGGGAAUGCUGCAGUCCAUGGAAAGUUUGCCUCAGUUUUUGCAAAGCUGAUGUUACCAACUCAUGAUACAAAAGGUACUUCUGAUAUGGGUGUUCAUGCCUUUAUUGUUCCAAUUAGGGAUCUCAGGACCCAUAAGCCGCUGCCUGGGGUUGAAAUACAUGAUUGUGGCCAUAAAGUUGGCCUCAAUGGAGUAGAUAAUGGAGCACUAAGAUUCUGUUCAGUGAGGAUUCCACGAGAUAAUCUUCUUAAUCGUUUUGGAGAUGUCUCACGGGAUGGGAAAUACACCAGCAGCCUGCCUAGUAUCAGUAAAAGAUUUGGAGCUACAUUAGGGGAACUUGUAGGAGGAAGAGUCGUCCUUGCAUAUUCUUCAAGCGGUGUCCUUAAGAUUGCUGCCACAAUUGCUAUAAGGUAUUCUCUACUGCGCCAGCAGUUUGGUCCUCCCAAGCAACCUGAGAUUACUAUACUUGAUUACCAGUCUCAUCAGCACAAGCUAAUGCCAAUGCUGGCUUCAACUUAUGCAUUCCAUUUUGCCACACUUCACUUGGUGGAUAAAUAUUGUGAAAUGAAGAAGACACAUGAUGAAGAGUCGGUUGGGGAUGUCCAUUCACUUUCUGCUGGACUCAAGGCCUAUGUUACCUCUUAUACUGCAAAGUCAUUGAACACAUGUAGAGAAGCUUGUGGAGGCCAUGGUUAUGCUGCCGUAAAUAGGUUUGGUAGCUUGAGAAAUGAUCAUGAUAUAUUCCAGACAUUUGAAGGGGAUAACACCGUUCUUCUUCAGCAGGUGGCGAUUGACUUAUUGAAGCAGUAUAAACAGAAGUUCCAGGGGGGAUCACUUGCCGUCACAUGGAACUAUUUGAAAGAGUCCAUGAACACUUAUCUUUCUCAGCCUAACCCAGUAACUUCCAGAUGGGAAGGUGAAGACCAUCUGCGGGAUCCAAAAUUCCAGUUGGAUGCCUUCAGAUAUCGUACAUCUCGAUUGCUUCAAAGUGUUGCUGCCCGACUUCAGAAACACUCCAAAACUCUUGGAGGGUUUGGUGCUUGGAAUAGAUGUUUGAAUCACCUUUUGACGCUUGCUGAGUCCCAUAUUGAAUCUGUCAUUCUUGAAAGAUUCAUUGAAGCAGUGCGAAGCUGUCCUGAUGAAGGUUCCCGAAGUGCUCUGAAGCUUGUUUGUGAUCUUUACGCUUUAGAUAGAAUUUGGAAUGAUAUAGGGACUUAUCGCAAUGUGGACUAUGUGGCCCCAAACAAAGCUAAGGCCAUUCACAAGUUGACAGAGUACCUGAGUUUCCAAGUUAGGAAUAUUGCAAGGGAACUUGUUGACGCCUUUGAUCUUCCAGAUUAUGUCAUCAGGGCUCCGAUUGGAUUGCAGACUGCAGGCGAAGCUUAUUCACAGUAUACUCAACAUGUUGGCUUCUAGUUCCAGAGAGAAAGCUGGGUCCUUUUUACUUUCCCCUGUUCUUGAUCUGCACGGGAAAGGAAGAAGUCGGAGUUAUAGUUUUGUUGUUACUUCGAGGAAUAAAAAUAUGAACAGUGGUUACCGCUAUAUUUCCUCAUCUUACUUUCUCAAAAUUUCGAAUUUCGUAAAGAUAGCAGAUUGAUACUUCAGCAGAAAUGCUGAUCCUUUGAUAGAUAAUUGUAACUUGCGUAUACAAAGAAUAUCUAAACGUGAAUCUCCUAUACAAGAAAUAUUCUUGAUGUCACCAAUUUGAAAGGAA